GCCCCGGUGACCCAGACCUGCACCGCGCCCAGCCUGGGGGACGUCGCUCCCCGCGGGGGAGGGACCUGCGGACGCCCGUUUGGGGGCGGAGGCCGCUCUGCGGAGCCGCCCACGCAGCGCUCCAGGAGCCAGAGACCACAGAAUGAGCAUUAGGACAUGCUGAUCUGCUCUUAAGACAGCUGGCUGGUACCCUGGUCAUGGAGGACUGCAAUGUGCAUUCAGCUGCCAGCAUCUUGGCCUCCGUGAAGGAACAGGAGGCCCGCUUCGAGCGGCUGACAAGGGCCUUGGAGCAGGAGAGGCGCCAUGUUGCCCUGCAACUGGAGCGAGCCCAGCAGCAGCCUGGUAUGGGAGGUGGAGGCGUGGUGAGCAGUGGGCAGCCCCUGCCGAUGGCCUGGCAACAGCUGGUUCUACAGGAACAGAGUCCGGGCAGCCAGGCAUCACUGGCCACAAUGCCAGAGGCACCUGAAGUGCUAGAGGAGACAGUGACAGUAGAAGAGGACCCUGGCACACCUACUUCCCAUGUGUCCAUUGUUACAUCUGAAGACGGCACAACUCGGCGCACUGAGACCAAGGUCACCAAGACAGUCAAGACAGUGACCACGAGGACAGUACGCCAGGUGCCUUUGGGCCCAGAUGGACUCCCCUUGCUGGAUGGCGGCCCUCCACUUGGCCCCUUUGCUGAUGGCCCCUUGGACCGGCAUUUCCUGCUACGUGGCGGUGGUCCAGCAGCCACACUUUCCCGAGCUUACCUCAGCAGUGGGAGUGGCUUUGCUGAUGGCCUAGAGCCCCGUGAUGGUCCCAACUAUGGCAGCCUGUCCAGAGGGCUAGGGGUGCGGUCCCCCCGCACUGGACCCCUUGGCCCAGGAUCUGGUGAUGGCUGUUUCACACUGCCUGGUCGCCGGGAAGCCUUCCCUGUGGGUACUGAGCCUGGUCCUCCAAGUGGCCGCUCCCUCCCCGAGCGUUUCCAGGCAGAGCCCUAUGGCCUGGAGGAUGACACACGAAGUCUGGCUGCUGAUGAUGAGGGGGGCCCUGAUCUGGAGCCUGACUAUGGUACAGCCGCACGAAGAAGACCUGAGUGUGGACGGAGCCUUCGUGCCAGGGCUUAUGAGGAUGUGGCUGAUGAUGCAGGUGAGCUGACAGAUGAGCGGCCCCCAUUCCCAGCAGCAACAGCACCAUUGGCCCAGCCUGAGCGAGGCAGCUUGGGCAGCCUGGACCGAGUGGUACGACGCUCACCUUCAGUGGACAGUGCCCGCAAGGAGCCACGCUGGCGGGAUCCUGAGUUGCCUGAGGUGUUGGCCAUGCUGCGACACCCUGUGGACCCAGUGAAGGCCAAUGCGGCUGCCUACCUGCAGCACUUAUGCUUUGAGAAUGAGAGCAUUAAGCGGCGUGUUCGGCAGCUGCGUGGGCUGCCACUGCUUGUGGCACUGUUGGACCACCCUCGGGCUGAGGUGCGGCGCCGAGCCUGUGGGGCACUGCGCAACCUCUCCUAUGGCCGAGACACAGAUAACAAGGCUGCCAUCCGGGACUGCGGAGGUGUGCCUGCCCUGGUACGCCUGCUGCGGGCUGCCCGUGACAAUGAGGUUCGGGAGCUGGUCACUGGCACACUCUGGAACCUGUCAUCCUAUGAGCCCCUGAAGAUGGUCAUCAUUGACCAUGGCCUGCAGACACUGACCCAUGAGGUCAUAGUGCCCCACUCGGGCUGGGAGCGUGAGCCCAAUGAAGACUCCAAGCCACGGGAUGCUGAAUGGACGACUGUCUUCAAGAACACAUCUGGCUGCUUGAGGAACGUGAGUUCAGAUGGUGCCGAGGCCCGCCGGCGACUCCGGGAGUGUGAAGGGCUGGUGGAUGCGCUCCUGCAUGCCCUGCAGUCGGCAGUGGGCAGGAAGGACACGGACAAUAAGUCAGUGGAGAACUGCGUGUGCAUCAUGCGGAACCUGUCCUACCACGUGCAUAAGGAGGUGCCUGGGGCUGACAGGUACCAAGAGGCUGAGCCCGGGCCCCCAGGCAGUGCCACAGGCUCCCAGCGCCGGAGGAGAGAUGAUGCAAGCUGCUUUGGUGGAAAGAAGGCCAAAGAGGAGUGGUUCCAUCAAGGGAAGAAGGAUGGUGAGGUGGACCAGAACUUUGACACGCUGGACCUGCCCAAGCGAACCGAGGCUGCUAAAGGCUUUGAGCUGCUGUAUCAACCUGAAGUGGUACGUCUCUAUCUCUCCCUCCUCACCGAGAGCCGGAACUUCAACACUCUGGAGGCUGCAGCAGGUGCCCUGCAAAACCUCAGUGCAGGCAACUGGAUGUGGGCCACAUACAUCCGUGCCACUGUGCGUAAGGAGCGCGGGUUGCCGGUACUGGUAGAACUGCUGCAAUCGGAGACUGAUAAGGUGGUGCGGGCAGUUGCCAUCGCCUUGCGAAACCUAUCUCUGGACCGCCGCAACAAAGACCUUAUUGGGAACUAUGCCAUGGCAGAGCUGGUGCGGAAUGUUCGCAAUGCACAGGCACCUGUCCGCCCUGGGGCUCGCUUGGAGGAGGACACGGUGGUGGCUGUGCUCAACACCAUCCAUGAGAUCGUGUCUGAUAGCCUGGACAAUGCACGCUCACUCCUGCAGGCCCGUGGUGUGCCAGCGCUGGUGGCGCUCGUCGCCUCCAGCCAGUCUGUGCGUGAGGCAAAGGCAGCAUCCCACGUGCUUCAAACCGUGUGGAGCUACAAGGAGUUGCGAGGAGCCUUGCAGAGGGACGGCUGGACGAAGGCGCGCUUCCAGUCAGCUGCUGCCACUGCCAAGAGUCCCAAGGGAACGUUGAGCCCUGGGGGCUUCGAUGACAGCACACUGCCACUGGUAGACAAGAGCCUGGAUGGUGAGAAGCCAGGCAGCCGAGAUGUGAUCCCCAUGGACACACUUGGCCCAGAUGGAUACUCCACUGGAUAUUCUACUGUGGACCGGAGGGAACGGAAGGCCCUGGGCAGUGACUCUGCAGGUGAAGCCUCUGAAAAGGAACCUUUGAAGCCUGAUCCUGGCAGGAAGGCCCUUCCUCCUGGGCCCAGCAGGCCCUCAGUCAGGCUGGUGGACGCCGUAGGGGAUGCUAAGCCUCAGCCCGUUGACUCCUGGGUCUAGCUUGCAUGCCGGGGCUCCAGCCUAGCCAUUUCUUAGAGAUUGGAUCACCUGGAGAAAGGCCCAUUCUGAAGUCUGCUGUGGAGCCUCCUGGUGGCAGUUGCUGGCCAAGCUUCUUGCCAGGACCUGACUUGCUGGCACCCCUUCUGUCUUGCCCUGACGGUUGCUCCCUCUGAUCUCCUGAUCAAAUUCCCUAGGCCUGAGUUAGCUGUUUACUGACAUGGUGCUGUGUGUGAGUGUGAAAGAAAAGGCCAGGAUGGGGCCCAGGAAGGUAGCAAGGGAGGGCACCUGGCUUUGCUCUGGUGGAAUAAAGACUGUGUUCCAGAGAAACAGGUCUGGGGAGUGGGGGUCCUGGGGACAGGCAGCUGGGAAGGGAGGAAGGGUCUCAGGAAAGGAAGUUGGACUCCAAAGGGUGGAGGGACUUCCUUUUGUUCGAGGCUGCAAAGUGGGGAUCCUGCACUGGAUGUCCGGAACCCUCAUGCAAUGAGAUCCUUCCUCAAGUUGCCUCUGGCAGGGGGGGGUCACUGUGAUGGCUGCACCUGCAUCUGCCCAGAACCUCACUGUAAUCUCCGGACUGACCCCCAGCAGCACAGGGAACUGCUGUCCAGUGCCUGCUGUUCAGAGAACCACUGACAAAAAAAAAAAAAAGCAUUAAAAAUGAAACCAAAAUAAGACUAUUGGUAGACAUCUAAAUUUUUUAAAGAAACUUUAAAAAUUAAAAAAAAGCAACAAAGAAAUUUGUCUUCCAUGGCGCAGACUCUGUGUCUCAUUGGCUGGCUGGCCCUUCCCUUAGUGUGGAGAGUGGAGGCCAUCAUUCUACUGGGUGAGGAAUGGGCCCCCAUGGAUUGUUGGGCAUAGUGCUGUUGGCGGAGGCACUGCUGCCACCUUUGAUGACAUAACUUGAGGACAACCUGACUGUAAGGGCCAGCAGUUCCUCAGAAUCCCCCCCCUCCCGGGGGUGGCUGAGAGUGACCUGCAUUAUCUACGUGCAUACAUCCAUGUGCAUGGCUCAUGGCUGAUCUACUCUGCCCUCACAAGAUCUGGUUGGCUUCCGGUGAUAGGCUGGCCUGGAGCCUGGGAGCAGAGUUCUGGCCAGAGCUCACUGGGCAUGAGUGGAAUCUACUAGGACAAGUUGAUCUUUGUGUCUGGUCUUGGUGGAGCCUCCUGGAACCUCUCUGGUAGAUAGCAAUCUGGCUGCUUGAAGGUGCCAGGGCAGCUCUGGAUUUAGGCAGACACAAAGCAGCUUGGCUUGCUUGCAAGCAGCUAGGCAACCAGCAGCAAUGCCCUGGCUGUUCCAAGCCAUUUUCUCCCCAUAAAUUUGGCCAAAUGGGAUUAGGGAAGGAGAUAUUUCCAACUAGUACCAAUGUGGGUCCAGAAAGGCAGGGCUCUGAAUGGCCCUGUGUCCACUAUCUCCAGAACUCUGCUCUGUCAGAGAUGGCCAGUUCUGUGCUACUUUUCCAGGCAGGCUAACAGGUAUCCCUGGCCUGGCCUGAAGGAGCAGUAUUGAGCAGAGAUGGCUCCCACCCCACUGCCUUAGCCAGGAGCCCUGAGGUUGGUGUGAUAUUCAGGACCCAGCCAGCUUACAGCACUAGUGCCUGUCCAGAGGUGAAGCUGAGAGGAACCACUCCGUUGAGCUCUUAUAUCCAAAUAUUUGGAUCUUUAAUUCUAUUGGCUUUUAAACAUGAAUUUAGUAUAUAAGACUACAGUCAUCUAACUUUAGUAAUGAGGUUACAGUUCAUUCUUAAAAAAGGUGAAUACUUGCAAGUCAAAAGUACAGGGUGAGGUGGUGGUGGUAAUGUCACUAAGGUGCUGCUGCCCCCUGGUGCAGAAAGCCUAAGAACAGUCAGUGCAAAGCCCAAUAGAUUCCUGAUUUUUCCAACUUCUGCUUUCAGGGCCUAAUAAGUAAGUUGGUGCCUGAUAACCUGUCCUUGGAAACCUGAUUGGAAUUCAUAUUACAUUUUCCAGUUUGGUCUUUGUUUUUCUUUUUUGUUUUUCAGUUCUGGGGAUUGAAUUGGGCCUCUUAUAUGCUAGGAGUUUGUGCUUCCUGAGCUACACUCCCAGCCCCUCUGUCAGCAGUAUUUUCCAGGUUUUCUGCAGUGGCUUUGCAUAGUAAGCUCAUUAUUCUUUAGAGUGUGUAGUAUGUGAUAAUCUGCACCAGCAGCACAGAGGUCAGUGUGGACAAAUCCCAGGUUCAUAGGCCUGAAGUAGACAUUGCAUGGGGACAGACCCUAGAACC